UGACAGGCAGGAGCUUAAAUACCAGCCCAUGAGGAAGCUGAGCUGAUCUUAAUGAUAGGGCAGCCGCGGCGGCCACAGCACAGAGGUAGUCGGAGGAGGUGGAGGAGCAGAAGCCCCAAGAACUCACAGGUGCUCCUGAGGGGUAAAUAGCUGUGAAGGAGAAAAUACACCUCUGAGUUUUUACCUGUGAUCACAGUAGCACUGAGAGACAGCCUGGGAGCAAGGAGGAAAAGAUUGGUUCCUCACACCAAGAGACAUCAAAGUUGAAAGUUUCAGGUUUUGUUUUUUUUUCUUCGUUUUUUUUUUCUUUUUUCCCCUCCUCUGUUUCAUUUUUCCCACAGUGUGUCACUACAAUGACCAGAAAGCCUGUUGUGGCCACCAUCCCCAAUGGAGGUUACCUGCAGGGGACUGUUAAAGGGGGGCUGCCAUCCCCGGGGGGCAAGGAGCCCCCUGGGCAGGACACAGUGAGGCUGAAGAAGAAAAUCACUUUGCUGAGGGGCAUCUCCAUCAUCAUUGGCACCAUCAUUGGAUCGGGAAUCUUCAUCUCUCCUAAGGGCGUGCUCCAGAACACGGGCAGUGUGGGCAUGUCUCUGAUUGUCUGGACCGCCUGCGGGGUCCUGUCACUGUUUGGAGCCAUGUCCUAUGCUGAAUUGGGAACAAGUAUAAAGAAAUCUGGUGGUCAUUACACAUAUAUUCUGGAAGUCUUUGGCCCAUUACCAGCUUUUGUACGAGUUUGGGUGGAACUGCUCAUAAUCCGCCCUGCCAGCACUGCUGUGAUAUCUCUGGCAUUUGGACACUACUUCCUGGAACCAUUUUUUAUUCAUUGUGAAAUUCCUAAACUUGCAAUCCAGCUCAUUACAGCUGUGGGCUUAACUGCAGUGAUGGUCCUAAAUAGCAUGAGUGUCAGCUGGAGUGCCCGGAUCCAGAUUUUUCUAACCUUUUGCAAGCUCAUAGCAAUUCUGAUAAUUAUAGUCCCUGGAGUUAUGCAGCUAAUUAAAGGGCAAACACAACACUUUAAAGAUGCCUUUUCAGGAAGAGACGCCAGUAUCAUGGGCUUGCCACUGGCUUUCUAUUAUGGAAUGUAUGCAUAUGCUGGCUGGUUUUAUCUCAACUUUGUAACUGAAGAAGUAGAAAAUCCUGAAAAAAACAUCCCCCUUGCCAUAGGUAUAUCCAUGGCCAUCGUCACCAUCGGCUAUGUGCUAAUGAAUGUGGCCUACUUUACGACCAUUAGUGCUGAAGAGCUCUUGCUUUCAAAUGCAGUGGCAGUGACCUUUGCUGAGAGGCUCCUGGGAAAUUUCUCAUUAGCAGUUCCCAUCUGCGUCGCCCUCACCUGCUUUGGCUCCAUGAAUGGGGGUGUAUUUGCUGUCUCCAGGUUAUUCUAUGUUGCGUCUCGAGAGGGUCACCUUCCAGAAAUCCUCUCCAUGAUUCAUGUCCGCAAGCACACUCCUCUGCCAGCUGUUAUUGUUUUGUAUCCUUUGACGAUGGUGAUGCUCUUCUCUGGGGACCUCUACAGUCUUUUGAAUUUCCUCAGUUUUGCCAGGUGGUUUUUUAUUGGGCUAGCGGUUGCUGGGCUGAUUUAUCUUCGAUACAAACGCCCAGAUAUGCAUCGUCCUUUCAAGGUGCCGCUGUUUAUCCCAGCUUUGUUUUCCUUCACGUGCUUCUUCAUGGUUGCCCUCUCCCUCUAUUCAGACCCCUUUAGUACGGGGAUUGGCUUCAUCCUCACACUGACUGGAGUCCCCGCAUACUAUCUCUUUAUUAUCUGGGACAAGAAGCCCAAGUGGUUUAGGAGACUGUCAGGCAGAAUAACCAGAACAUUACAAAUAAUACUGGAAGUUGUACCAGAAGAAGAUUGUCAUAAAUUAUAAAUUAAUGCAUUUGAAAUCUUGGCAAUCUAUCCUUGGCUUUGUUUCUGCCCAAAGGGCUGAAACAAAGUAUGGACAUUCACUUCAUUUUAUGAAAAUCCAGAGGAACUGCGGCUUUGGUGAUGGAAUAAAGGAGUCAGUCAUUUUUAUUCAGAUCUUUUAAUGUAUUCAAACUGGUUUCUAAGAAAUUUAGUUAUAACUCCAUGUAAUUGUAGAAAGCUGAUAUGCAGCUCUACCAUGAGUUCACGUGAUUCUUGUGUCCCUGAUACCUACCUGUUGAGGUGAGGGGAAAAGACUACGGGAUGGACAAUUACCUCAGUGGUCUUUCUCUGUAACAUAUCAUGGCUAAGAAACUUCAAAUUGAAGACUGAGGUGUUUUCUGUAUAUAUAGGUUUUGUAAAAACAUUUUUUACCUACUAUAGAAGGCCAUACUGUGAAAAGUGUUUUCUAUUCUUCUAGAGAAAGAACAAAAAAAGCGUACGUCAACACUAUGGACAGAGGAAAGAAAGAAAUUUAUGUUACAUGGGCAUUGCAUUGCUUCCCCUUUGGUGCCAACUUAGAUGUCAUUCAUCUUUUAAGGGUUAAUACUAACAGCAUUGUGAACAAAGGACAGAGGGGGUAUGCCUAACUUUAAUAAAUACAUUAAAGAAGA